UUUAAAAACCUGCGAUACAUCGUCUCUUCCUGAGCACGACGCACACGCUUCUAAUACGACCGUUCUCUUCCUGCGCACACACGACGCUUGGGUUCGCUUCCAUCUUCCAACUACACUCACCAUCUUCAUCCUUGAAGUAUUAUCUAGUUCUACAAUGAGUGCUUUGCAAGGAAAGGAAAAAGCUGUGUAUAAUGUGUGGAGUACAGAAGAAAGUUCUUUAUUACUUGAUCUUUUGGUUGAGGCUGCUCAACGUGGAUGAAGUGAUUGUAGUGGACUGAUUACUAAACAAACUCUUGAAUCUAAAAUACUCCCGAUGCUAAAUGAAAAGCUUGGAUGUCAAAAGACAUACAAGGAGUAUCAAAGUCGAUGGAAGUACUUCAAGCAAAGAUAUCAAAAAUAUGCUGAUCUGGUGAAGUUCAGUUCGGGGUUUGGGUGGGACCCAACUACAAAAAAAAAUUACGGCUAGUGAGGAAGUGUGGAAAAACUACUUAGAGUUUUAUAAUCUGAUUUUUAUUUUAUUUUUACUAAUAUAGAAUUAAAUAUAAUGACGGUCAAAGUAGUGCGUUGGCAAACGUGAAAUGUUGACUGUUGCAACUAAAAAGUGACGGAGGAAGUAUAUAUAUAUAUAUAUAAUCUUCUCUUUUGUAGUCUCAUGGUGUUCAUAAGAGUCUCCGAACGGAUACCAUUCACGACUAUGAAGAUUUACAAAUAGUAGUUGGGAAUGUAACAACUACAAAAAAAAAUCAGUUGGCUUAGGUGAGGAGUCUGAUCUAGGACAUAUGAUGUUGAAAAGAACACUCAAGCUUCAAUAGAAGACUAUGUGUAUGAUGAGUCUCAAGGCACGUACGUCCCAAUCCAACAAGAUCCAAUACAUGAUUUAACGGUGCCUCCUACAUGUUCCAAUAGGAGUGCAACUCCCUCAAGAAGUAGUGGUUCUAAAAAGCGAGCCAAAGAUCAAUGUGAAGGGAGCUCUAAGCCAAAAAGUAGUGAGUCUCGUUCUGAAUUUAAGACGAAGGUUGCUAAUGGAAUGGAUUCUAUUGCUGAGAUUGCUAGUGACAUUCGAGGAAUGAGGAUAUUGAUGGAAAAGAGGGAGAAAGAUAGGGAGAAAUAUGAGAUUGAGAAAAGGGAAUCAGAGAACAACAACAACAUAUGGAAUGCUAUAAAAGAGACUCCGGGUUUAGAUGAACGCAGACGCUACAAAGCCCCUACGCUCAUAUAUAAGUUUGGAAUGAAAGAAGCUUUUCUCAAGAUGUCACUUCAAGAGCGUCAAGAGUGGAUAAACUAUAACAUCGAAAAAGACUAUGCUUGAUUUAGGAAGCUUUCUUCUCUUUGUUUUUCACGAAACUUUUAUUUAUGAUGGAACCUUUCUUGUUGAACAUUUUUUGUUAUUGAACUUUUAUUCCUUGCUACCCCGUUCUAUGAAUUAUUUAUACCAGCUGAUGUUAUUUUUGAUUACUUAUCUCAUUUUCUUAUUUCAUGUAUUGUUGUGAAAGUUCAAUUAAAAUGUCAUAUUAAAUGCUUGUGUAGGUUGGAUGAAAUGGAAGAUGAAACGAGGGAAACAAGUAGUGAAGAAUUUUAUGAGAUGUUGAGGUUAAUUUUAUUAGCUCUUCAAGCAAUACUUCAAGUAUUGAGUGACCUAUUACUGUUAAUGCAUGAGGGAGAGUAUAUUGAGCGUCCUACUCGCAAACCUAUCACCAACAUUGGAUUUAAUUACAUAAAUACAGUGUUAACUGAAGAUCCUGUGCAUUUUAAAGAAAUGCAUAGGAUGUACCCUGAUAUUUUUCUAAAACUUUGUAGCAUUAUUAGGGAGAAAACACCGCUACGAGAUACCCGUUAUGUUUGCGUGGAAGAAAUGAUUGUGACAUUUUUACUUACGGUUGGUCAAAACAGUCAUUUUUGUAUUACACGCAAAACAUAUGGUAGAGCACAUUCUACUACUAGCAGAAAUUUUAACAAAAUUUUGAAGGCUUUAAACACAAUUUCAUCCAUGAUGAUGGUGAAACCGGCAGCUGUUGUACUUAGCAAAAUUAGAGAGAGUACACGGUUUUAUCCUUACUUUAAGGUAAUCAUUUACUGCUCAUAUAAAACUUUAAUUUCUUAUUAUAAUUUGAAAAAUAUUAUUAUUUAUUUUAUCACUAGGAUUGUAUUGGAGCAAUUGAUGUUACAUAUAUACUCGCGAUAGUUGAUGGUCGUGAUGUGACCCCUUACCGUAAUCGCCAUGGAAUCCUAUCACAAAACGUGUUGGCGGUUUGUAAUUUUGACUUGGAGUUCAUUUAUAUUCUUAGUGGUUUAGAUGGUUGAGCUCAUGAUUCAAAAUUAUUAAAUGAUGCACUAACAAGAAGAAAUGGCCAAAAAGUUCCACGAGGUAAGAGUUUUCUAGUUGAUUGCGAAUUUGCAAAUCGUCGUCAAUUUUUGGCUCCAUUUCGAGGUGUUCGAUAUCAUCUUCAAGAUUUUGGUGGGCAAGGUUGCCAUCGUGAAAAUGAAAAGGAGUUAUUCAAUUUACGUCAUGCUUCCUUGAGGAAUGUUGUUGAGAGAAUAUUUGGUAUUUUUAAAUCACGGUUUGCGUUUUUUAAGUCAGCCCCUCCAUUCUCAUUCAAAACGCAAGCAGAGUUAGUAUUGGCCUGUGCAGGAGUGCAUAACUUUCUACGCAAAGAGUGUCACUCAGAUGAAUUUCCUGCUUCUUCAGAUGAUGAAGACUCUUUAGACGAAUCUUUAUUAGAAGACGACGAAGAUGAAAUUGACACCCUCCAAACGCAGGAUGAACAAAGACAAUAUGCAAAUCAACGGAGAAACGAUAUUGC